GCGGGAGGUUGUUUCUGUUCGCGCUUCGUUCCUGGCCGUCGCCCGCACAGCCCCGGUGGCUGAUUCGUUUUUUCGGCAUCAUGAGCAGGCUGGGGCUGCAGCGAGACCUGCGGGAGGCUGCCGCCCUGGAGCGCCGGCGCCAGCGGGAGUUGCAGCGGCAGAGCCGCAUCUUUAACGCGCGAGUCCGGACCAUAGGGGUUGAUAAAGAUGCAUUGGAUACCCAGGUCAAGGAUAGGAAAAUUCAAGAAGCGGCUGAAAAAGCACGAAAUGAAGAACUUGCAAAUGAAAUGAAGCAAAAUGACAAGAUCAUGUGUAUGUUAGAGGAACGACAGAAAAAUGAUAUCAGAAACAUAAAUAAGGCUAUAAAUGAAUUUCAGAAGAAUUUUCAGAAGCCAGAAACAAGACGUGAAUUUGACCUGUCUGAUCCGCAAGCCCUAAAGAAGGAUAAACCUGCUCGGCUUUCAGACAAUGAUCCUCGAUGUACUGUAUCUGGCUUGCAGAAGUUUAUGGGUGAAGACUUAAACUAUGAUCAGAGGAUGAAAUUUCAAAAGGAGCAGUUAAGAGAGUGGUCUCUUCAGCAGCAGAGAGAAUGGAAGAAUGCAUUAGCUGAUCAAAAAUUUGCAGAUGAUCUGUAUGACAAGAAUAGGAUUGAACUUGACCAAAAGACUAUGGAGCAACAACGAAAGGAAGAAGAAAACAGGCGUGCUGUUUGUGCAGCUACUAAAGAUUUCAAUAGAACCCAGGCAGCUGAACUAGCUGACAGAAAGAAGAUGGAAAAGCAUCAAAAAAUGAAAGAUGACAUGGAUGAAAUUUCUAGCCUCCUUCAAGGAGACUUACUUUCCGAAAACCCUGAACAAGCAGUCAGUUCGUUUGGUAGACAUCGUGUGAUCACAGAUCGAUGGAAGGGAAUGAAUCAGGAUCAGCUGAUGGCAAUCCGGUACUCUCAACAGCAACAAGUUCUGGAGAAACUGAGACUAAAAGAGGAAGAACGCCGAAGAGAUGCUGAAUGGGACAGGCAAAGUAUACAGGUUGCAAGAGCACAGUUGGUUUUAGAGCGGCAUCAACAACGACAGAAUCAGGAACGACGCCGAGCUUUAGAUAACAUAAAUGCAAAGCUAUCUCAGGAGCAGAAAUCAAAGAACAUUUAUCUUAAAGAAGAAGCAUAUUCAAAUUUUCCAACAAGCCAAUAUUACGCACAGUUUAAUACAACCAGCCGAUGACAUUCUUGAUACAUCAAUCUGAAAUACACACAAGUAUGUAGUCAUAUUAAAAUUUUUAAUUGAGGAAUUCCAUGUUUAAUUAUUUUUAUCUGUUCCCUACCCCAUUCAAACAGUGCGCUCAAACUAAACGACAGUCUGCUAGGCCACAUCUGUGCUAAGAGGAAAAUAUUGUAAUAAUGUUUUGAACUUGAUUGUUCUUCUAAAAAAUACUAGUAGAUUCAGUAGUAGGUUGUUUGACUAUUGUGUCUCAGGCGUAACUGUAAUAUUUACAUUAUCCAUGCCUUUAGAAAUCAAUUUCUGGAAAGGAAUCACAAUUUAAAAUAUAAUGCUACUUACUGCAACUUGGUCAGAAGGGAAUGCUGCCUGACAUAGAUCACAGGUGAUGCACACUUAGUGGAUUCUAUAGGAGAGAAGAGAGAUGACCUAGGUAGCAAGUUUUGUGUUUGGGUUUUUUGGGGGGUUGUGUUUGAGUUUUUUUUAAAAAGCAAAAAAAAAAAAAAAGCAGGACAUAAAAGCAAGCAGAGAAGAAAUGUUGCUUUUAUUUCCUGAAUAGUAGGGAUAAGAAGAGAAGAUGUGGAUGUUUACCAACAUGAUUAUAGCAAUGAGGUAUGACACAGAAAUGGAACGUGUGUGACAGUAAAUGGGGAAAAGUAUGGGGAAAGUAUUCUGUCCUGAUUUUUGGCUGGGAUAGAAUUAAUUUUCACAGGAUGCCGGGAAGGGACACAGCCAGGACAGCUGACCCCAACUAGCCAAAGGGAUAUUCUAUACCAUAUGAUGUCAUGCUUAGUAUAUAAAAGAAGCUGGCCAGGGAGGAGGAGCUGCUGCUCGGGGAUGGGCUGGGCCUUGAGGUCUGGGUGGAGAGCAAAUUGCAUUGUGUAUCACCUGCUUUGUAUAUUCUGUUAUUAGUACUGCUGCUGCUGUUGUUUUCCUCUCCCUUUGCCAUCCCAGUAACCUUUCCUUACCCCAACCCACAUGUUUUACCUUUUUCUUCCGAUUCUCCUCCCCAUCCCACCAGGGGUGGGGUGUGGUGGUGUGAACGAGCAGCCACGUGAUGCUUAGCUGCCAGCUGGGGCUAAACCAUGACAAGUUCCUACGUACACCAUCACUCAUUAGAAAUAAUGGAGAAAAUUUAAGGGCAGUGUGCUUCUGAAGGACAGCGUAGGAAGAGUUUACAGAUGUGAUGGAAGGGCGAGGGGGAAGCAGGGAUGCACCAAACAAAAUCAAGGAGAAAGAUCUCAUCUUGUGCAGGUAAUUCAGGGAAACAGUUUGCUUCCUGUCCUUAUGGUUACAGAAUUGGCUUAGCAAUGGAAGAGCCAGUCAAUGAUAUUUGAAAAAUGGGCAAGUGAAACCCAUGAGAAGAAAAUAUGGAGAAGCAAUGUAAGAAACUAACUGCACAAGAGAAGUGGAUGAUGGAGAUGUCCAGAAGGGAAAGAGGUGACAUACAAAUGACUGUAGAAAGGGUUAGAAAACUCAAUCAUUAAAACAGAAGAAAGAAUGAGAGAGAAAUGACCAGAGAUUCAGCUAAACGUCCCAAGACCUCUAAGAGAUUGUGAACCCUUAAUAAAAAUAGAGGCUUUUUUACGAGAAUAGGUCUUGAAAUAAGUAUGUGUAGCUCGCCAGAAUCUGGGAUGUAAACUUGGAGUAAAAACAUCCUGAUCAUAUUUGGCAUGGAGUCCUCUGAUCACAGGAUAAGCAAUAGCCUUGAAGUCUGAUGAAACAGGUUGAAGAUAACCACACCAAGCGAAGCAGGAAAGAUGUUUAAAGAAACUGAGGCUGAGGUAAACUCAGAUGAGUUAUUCUCAUCUUUGUGAAAAUAGUGAAGAAUGCAUGGUUCUUAAGAUGGCUAUUACCAGGAGGAUUUUGAGAUGUUUGAAGGAAGAAUCCCUUGAAAGAGGGCUGUUCAAACAGGUCUGUUUGCAUUCCUUGAAAGGGGACUCUUUUCACACAGGUCUGCUCAGCUGAAUUAGUGGCCCUGUGGGAUCAGGCUGGUAUGACUAAUUACCAUUUUGAACCAGGUAAUAACAAUGGAAGUUUGGAAAAUACCAUCAUGUUAAUCCUUAUAGAUCGAGAAGAGGAAGAAAAUCAAGUAAGGAGAAUAUAAAAAUGGGUGAAGAAGUGUCUUGGGACAGGAUAACCCCUAGCAAAAAGAUAUGUCUCAGUUCUAGUUUAUCAAUGCAACUGGAACUAAUUGCAGUAUGGAUAGAAACUAGGUAGAAAAGCAGUAUAGCUGGAAAACAGGAACUGAAGAAUGUGCUGUUUGGAAAAGUUGGAAAAUAAAGCUGAGAGAGGAUCGCACUUGCACCAUUAAUGAUGAGCUGGACUACAAAGAAGUAAGAAGGGAUGCUAUUCAACAGAUUCUAAUGUGAUAGCAUUUGGAGAUUCAUUUAUUUGUCAGGCUGGGAUUCACACAUGGCUGGAUGUCUUUGUAGUAUUACCAAAUACUGUAUUAAAUUGACAAUCUCAGGAUUGCUGGUACUUGUCUUAGAAUAGAAAGGCUAUCAAUUGGAGUGGGAGGAUAAAACAGUAGGCCAUCUAUAGUAGUUUUCAUUUAACUAAAGCUGGUUUUGAUCUGUGUUGACUAUUUUGGGCUCUGACCUUUUUUUUUUUUUAACUAAAGUUUUAGUUACCUGACAGAAAAAUUAAUAAAGUGUUGAAAAGU